AAAGUUGAGCUCACUGUGAAAUUGUUUUUUUAAUAAAAAUGAAUCUGAAACCACAGACCCAAAGUAUUUCUAAGCGUAAUGAGCUCUGUCCGGAGGACACUAAAGCAGACCUCAUGCUCCCAUGCUUUCGCAGAGGUCUGUAUGAAGAGCCGUUCUCCUCUUAUCAAAACGGACCCCUGAUCUCGCAUCUCCUGCGAAAAACAAUCCACAAUAAACAACCUGCUCAUGACAAUACUCACCUUUACUUAUCAGCGACCUCCGUUUCUGGAUCCAGCAUGGAGGACUGGAGUAACCUGUCUUCAAAAGACAAUGUUAGGGAAUUAGCGUCUCCUGCCCAUUCCAGCAGCGUCCUGAGUAAUGAACUAGACUGUCCGUUAAAUGAACAUGUCCAGGCCAAGCGAGCCAGAGUGGAGAACAUUAUACGAGGCAUGGCCGGCUCACCAAGUGAGAGGUCACAUGGUGAAGAAGAGAUUGUUGAGAGUGAAAGCAGCAGGCUUAACAGAGAAGUGUAUAAAGAGAGCAAACGCAAACAAAAGCUCCCUCAGCAUCAAGAACAUUUGAUCACUGUAGACACAAUCAGUGAUGCUAAUGAAAGCAGAGAUGAGGAGUGCCACAAGCUCAGAGAACAACUCCAGAGCAUGCAACGCCUUUUACACCAGCUUCAGGAGAAGUUCCUGCAGAUGUAUGACAACAAUAGCUCAGAAAAUAAUGGAAAUGAAGAUCAAAACAUCCAAGAGCCACAGCCUGACACAAGCAUAAAUUCUGACUUAAAGUCACUUGGCCACAAAGAUAAAAUAUACACGGAUGGUCAUUAUCUGAGUUUUACAAGAGAUCAAAAUCACCACCUACAAGAGAUGCUGAAGUUUGAGCUAUCCAGAGCUAUAAACCAAAGUGUUAAUACAGUUUUCAGGAAGCUCUCAAUGAUUCUUGAGAACCCAUCACCCCAACCAAGACUGUGUCAAAGUCAAGACUGCACUGAUAUUGAGAAACAGUUCUGUGGUUCAGAGCUAUCUGACUCUGAGGACACCACAAAACCAGAAGCUUUCGAAUGCUACGAAAGUACGCCAGCCCAUAGCCCGGAGCACCAGACCGAAGCAUUGUCUCUAGUAGUCCGGAAAUCCCCUUUACACCAGUUAAGUUCUGUAAGCCAUCCAGUUAAGAGACCAUAUCCAAUGCAUCAAUCUCCAUUUCAGUUUAGCCACAGUGCUCCACUGCAUGACAGUCAGAUCCUGCAGCAUCUCCUUAAGUAUGGACCUCAUGCUAACUUCCCUGGGAUCCCUUGCCUUCCACCAUCUAUAGACAGACCAUCUCCAGAUUCAGUGACUCAUCCAUGGGAAAGCAUUGCCUUGAGGUCAAAGGUGAACUCUGGGCACCUCAGGCAGCACCAUCGCCCUGGGAUGCUUGGGCAGGUCGCUGUGGAUGGACUGUGCCUCCCGCAUGUCAAGAUGGAGUGUGGUGAGCUGCAGAGCAUGGCUGAGAGAAACACCUUUAUGUCGCUCAAUAUUCAGGAGGGUUUAACCCCCAACCAUUUAAAGAAAGCCAAGCUGAUGUUUUUCUACACACGCUACCCAAGUUCAAACAUACUGAAGGUCUAUUUCCCAGACGUCAAGUUUAAUCGUUGCAUUACCUCCCAGCUAAUCAAGUGGUUCAGUAACUUCCGAGAGUUCUACUACAUUCAGAUGGAGAAGUUUGCCCGUCAGGCCAUCGUGGAUGGAGUAAGUGACGUGAAAGAGGUUUCUGUUACCAGAGACUCUGAAGUCUUCCGUGCUCUUAACAUGCACUACAACAAAGCCAAUGACUUCCAGGUUCCUGACAGGUUUCUCGAAGUGGGCAAAAUCACCCUUCUGGAAUUCUACAAUGCCAUCUCUAUAAGUAAAGAUUCAGACCCCUCCUGGAAGAAAGCCAUUUACAAAGUCAUCUGUAAACUGGACAGUGAAGUUCCAGAAGAAUUUAAAUCGCCAUCAUACUUCUAGGUGAAAAUCAUUCCCUAGAUAAACUAAGAACUGUGUAGUGAAUAGGAUUUAUAACAGAGCAGUCUCAUUCUAUUUAAUUUUAUUAUAUAUUGUACUUGUAUAGCGCUUUUAACUCUUGGUCUGUGUAUAAAUGAGAAGCAAAAAUGACAGUGGCAGACAAACUCUCUCUGAGAACACAUGGAAGAAAGCUUUUAUUGUGAUUCUUGUGAAGAUAAUAAAAUGUUUCAUUUUGAACUAUA